UUGAAAAUUUACAUUAUCUGCAUUUUAUAUUUGCAUAAAGAGGCGGAGAAUGAAGACGAGUGCCAUACCUUUAAACAGUUGUAGUUUGAGAGCAGUGUGUAGACUAUACCGUGUUUAUGCAAAAUAUACUGCACUUGUUUCUGGCAGAGAUCACUGCAAUGGUGGAUCUGAGAUGCACGCUAUGGCUGUUUAUUGCAAUGCUUUCUAUUUCUUCAACAGGUAACUUUUUUCUGAUAAAUAUUUUUUUUUUGUUAAAUUGUCUUUACUAGUUUCAUGCCUUAAUCAGUAAUAAGGUUUGUAGCAGUUGCUGUGCCUUGUGGGUUAUAAUGAAAGAAAUUCUCCAGACACUUAAGGUGUUAAAGCCACAGGUAGUUUUAAUGAAACAAAAAAGAGAGCAGCAACAUUUCGACCUACUAUGAGGUCUUUGUCAAGCUAACACCACUAAACAAACAUGAGUAUAUAUAUCGCUGGCUAACACCACAAAGCAAACAUGAGUGUAUAUAUAGCAAUGAUUGUAGAAAGCCACUAGAGGAGGAGUUAACCCCGCAAGGUAAUUAUUGCAGUUUAUGAAAACUGCAAUAAUUACAGUUGCAGGGUUAAAGGUAGUGGGAGUUCGCACCCAGACCACUCCAAUGGGCAGAAGUGGUCUUGGUGCCUGGAGUGUCCCUUUACUAGUGGGAGUGAAAUGCUGCAUCAGCCACCAUGGCACUGUGUGUGGAAUCAGGGCUCUAGUGAAGUCCAGCUGGGUAUAUGAUGUCUGGAAAAACGUCUGAAGACAAUUGGCUGCUAUCUUGGUGAGCUUAAUAUUUUUAUUUAAACGGCCUGUAAGACUGUACUAAAGUAGUAUUCUUGGUGGUUUGGGCAACAGAAUGGUAUAGAGGUGUGUAAAAGACUGUGGAGGAGUAUUAUCAACAUAACUUUUAAUAAAGGGGGCUGUUUAAGUGGGUGUGACUUGCCCCUUAAAUAAUAUAAAGUAUUCUUUAUUGAAACCAUCUGUCUAUAACAACAGGCCAUUUCAUAUCCACAUAGACCACCUGUAAUCUUAAUUGUAAGCAGUUUCAGUGGUGUAUUUAGUUUUUAUGCCUCAAUAGGCAACCCCCAAACUAAAUUUGCACAACCCAUUCCUGUAAAUGCCCCAUCCUUUUUGCUUAAGACCAACAUACAAUUUGACUGACAGACACUCUCCCUCACUGAUACACAUACACUGACAUACAGUUACUGACAGACACACAGUCAUUGGCACACAUGCUGCUUAACCAACAUACACUUGCACUGACAGACACACACUGACACAUCUACUCACUGACAUACACACUCUCUGAAAUACACACAUACACUGAUAUACAUACAUUCUCACUGAUUUGACACAAUGAUAGACACAUACACUCAGUGACAAAUACACAUUGUCACUGUUUAGCCACACACACACUCACUCUCACUGACAGACUCUACUUACCCAAAAUGUAGCUUGGCCUCGCAGUGAGAUUUAAUCUCUCCCAGCUGCGGCGUAAAUUAAUAGAGUUAAAGAGCUCUAUGCUCAUCUGUUUGUCUGAGGCCACAAAAAAUGGACCCAGCUGGAAGAGGAGAACCCCAGGUAUCUGUUGAUACCUAGUCUACUGGUAUAAGUAGGAAUUAACCUUGCUCACACUGCAAUCAAUAUGUAGGCAUUUAAAUUCAUAUUUAAAAAACUGCAUUUAGCGCUGCAUGUAGCUCAUCAAAAAGUCUGAAAGCACUAAAAAUGGCACCAUGGGGCUGUCUGGUGUGAGCAGGCAUUUAACAGCAGGUCUUACAUGCCUGUUGAGGAGGGUAAUAAGAAGCUCUACAAUGGCUUUAAAGGACACUGUAGGCACCCAGACCACUUCAGCUCAUUGAAGUGGUCUGGGUGCAAACUCCCAUCACUCUUAACACUGAGCAUGUAAUUAUUGCAGGUUCUAUAAACUGCAAUAAUUACCUCUGAGGGUUAACUCUUCCUCUAGUGGCUGUCUACUAGAGGGACUUCUUGAAUUGAAACUGACUUUUGGUCUGUUAUUUGACGCUGGAUGUCCUCACGCUCUGCAUGAGGACCUCCAGCGUUAGAUUUUCCCCAUAGGAAAGCAUUGAAUAAUGCUUUCCUAUGGGGAGAUCCUAAUGCGAACGCGGCCAUUGCAGCACAUGCAUAUUAGGUCUCCCCCUUCUGGUGGGGGAGGAGCGUGGGCGGAGCUGGGCCAACACAGAGGAACAUCGGACCCAGGUAAGUGACAGUGCCGCGGGAAGGGGCCUUGACUUGGGGGAAAUCUAUAGUGCCAAAGUUUUCCUGGCACUAUAGUUUCCCUUUAAGUUGCUGUAGUUGUAUUUUAAGACCACUGGCAGGUGAUUAACUAAAGUGAGAAUGUGAAUAUAUACUUUUGUGUUAAUCACUUCUAUUUUACAAAUAGUUUUACAGCCAACACAUUGACUAAUAUCAGAACAGAAAACUAGCUCUACCAGUCAAUCAGGAAGAAGUGGUAGAAACUUGAUUCUCGUAUACCACUUUAGCCUUAAGCUAAACAUGUUAAGCUAAACAUUUUUCCUCCCAUGUAUCACUGAUAUUUACUGUUAACAGAAGUUAUUGUAUUUUUAAGUUCCUGUUUUUAGUCCUAUGUUAUGAUGGCAAAAUGGAAUAAGUCAAUCAUUGAUCGUACGAUAAGAUAGGAAAUAGUACGUGUGACAAUACGGCCUUAAUAUAUCGUCCAUGGGUAUUCUUUUUACAUAACGUGCACCACUAAACUGCUCCACUAAAUGCUAGGACUCAUCUUUGGUAGCGUAUGCAGGAUAUACUGAGCUGGUAUCUGGUUGCUAUAUGAUAUUCUAUCCAUACAGUCUUCUGGCAAUACUCUUAUUAGUAAUUACUCUAUACAGGACAAUGAAUAGCCAUAUCGUGUGAGACCUCAAGGAAGAAACAACACCAGAUUCUUUCUGGCAACUCAGCAGAACUCAGACUGUUCAUUGUAUCUAGAUCCAGCUACAUAGAUCACAGCAUACAGUAAAAUAAACAUUACACAAAACAUUCACUAAUGGAAAUACAGAAGAGGGCACAGAAAAAGAACUACAAAGCUACAAAGUGAUUCCUUACACUUGUUACUCCGCCUGUGCCAAUACAACCUGGCAACAAAAGGUUAUCUUGAUUGGACCCACUAUUCCUUUAGAGCAAUCUCUGGUUACAUCAACGCAGCCCUUUGCUGUGGCAGAUAGACUUCCUGGCUGCCACAGCAGGUGGACACUCACAGUGCAGAAUCUAACUUGAUUAGCCCACAAAACACAUUUUACACCUAACUAUACUUUGCCUGCAUGGAGAGCUGCUGUCCCUUGUGUUGACCCACAACAGCAUAUGCAGACAUGUAUGUAUAAUACAGAUACACAGAUAUAUAAAAAAAAAUAGUAAAAAGGGAGAAUAUUGAAGAAAUUGCUCAAAAUCACCAAGUGUGUGUAACUCCAAAUCACACCAAAUACAACAAACAUAUUAUAAUAAAUAAUAUGGUUAGAGCAAAAUAGGUGGUGAAUAAACCAAUCAUGAAUAAAAUAUAUAAAACAUGCAAUUUACCAUGUAUCCGGGUACAUCCCAAUAAAUAUAAAACACAGUACAUAGUAUAGCCUGUAUGUGGAAAAUGGACGAUAAUGGAAUAAAAUCUCCCACUCACGUGGUGCUGAGCCGUUAGAAAGUGGCUCAGACUAUAAGCGGCUUAAUCGAUAAUUUGGAGACCACAAUGCUGGAACCAGAAUAGAGAUGUCCACUGUAGAGUUACCACUUCCCUUUAUGUAGCUAACAAGUAUCUUUAUUGGUUACAUAAAAUACAGCAUAAAACGGAAUCUCCGAUGUUCUCUUUUAUGCUGUAUUUUAUGUAACCAAUAAAGAUACCUGUUCCUGUACCUACCCCUCUAUCUGGCAUUUAUCCAAGCUACUUAAAGGGAAGUGGUAACUCUACAGUGGACAUCUCUCUUCUGGUUCCAGCAUUGUGCAACUGUGUUCUUUCUAUCUUUACAUAAUGGAGUCUAUAAGACCCCAAAGUGAAACAGAGAAACCCUUUUCUCUCUAACCGAUAGAGAAAAGAUUGGCUCUCUAAUAGUCCUUCAAAAAAAGUGAGUGGUCUCUUAGACUUUACUUUAAACGAGGGAGCAAAAUGUAAAAAAGAAAGAUUUCUGGCACUUGCCCUUUGUAUGUGUAGCAGCUUGAACUUCCCAAACCAGAGUCUCUUCCAUCUGGUUGUAGGUGAGAAUAGAUAAGAGACAUUUCCAGAAUAAAGAAGAAUUGCACAGAUGGGGAGAUGUGCAAUGAUCAGGAUGUAGUUUGAGGAAAAAGAUUCUGAUAAAGAAUUAUUAAGGCAAUCUAUCUUUUUCCAGACAAUAAGGAGACACAAAACAAAGAGAUUAUUAAUUGUCCUUUAAUAUUUAACUAUAGUGCUCAAUAAUUUAUAAAAAUUGGACCCUAUAUUGGGCCAGCUUUUACCCCCAAACCUAGAAAAUUGUUUUUAAUAUUUGUGGGCUUAAAGAUUCUAUGGCAACGAUCCAUCAUUAAUUCGUGGGAAUCCAAUGAUAAAUUGAGGGAAAUAAAAAAAUCUUUCAUGAAGUCUUUCAAUUUGUCAUUUGUUACACUUUCUGGAACAUUUCUAAAUUUAAAAUUUAUUCUUCGGGCACGAUCUUCCAAGUCUGCUAUAUUAGUUUCCAGCUGAUCAAUUUUACGCUCCCUUUCUGUAUGCGUGUCUUUAAGAGAUUGAAUCUGAAAUUCCAUAUGAUCUUGUUUUUCUUCUAUUGAUUGAAUUCGGGUUAACACCUUAGAAAUAUCGUUUUUGAGAUCGUUAAAAUUUUCUUGGAUCUCUUUUUUUAUUUCUUUCAAGGUGUUAUCUAGAAGUGAUUUUAUUAUUUCUGUGGUAAUAGUAGCUGGUUCUGUAGAUGACGGAGUCAUUGCAAAGAGUCUAAGGAAGGAUCUUCACUGGUAUCUUGAGUCUUUUGAGGAGAGAAAAAUUUGGAAAGUCUCUUUUCCUGUUUUGUAUAUUUUUUAUCGAUUUUCAAUGAGGCUUUAGGUUCUUGUGAGCGUUUAGAAGCCAGUUAAUAGGGGAGAGGAAAAAAAAAAAAAGUUCCCCUUCUUUCAAAUCUUAAAUUCUUCAAUUAUCUUUCACUUUAUAUCUUUCCUUUCUUUUUUAUUUUGCCUUCACUUUCUCCUAUUCUCUCUUUACUUCCUCUUGUUUUAUUUUGUUUGUAAGUCAAGUCCAGUGAUUUUUGUUAAGUUGUGCUUAUCUAGAAAGUUUCUUAGUUGGUUUGUCUUUUUCUUUUUCCUCUUUCCCUCUCUUUCCUUUAUAUUUUCUGCUUCCUUUUCUCCCCUCUGCUUUUUUUUGUAUUUUCCUUUCCUUUUCAGUAUUGAUAAUCUUUACUUAUUUUGGUCACAGCAUUCAAUUGAGCUUAUAUAUAAAGAGUAAAUAUACAGAGAGUAGAUGGCAUUUAAAAUGAAAGGGAGUUGAGUUGCUCUAUUGUUCCUCUUUCCCCUUUCUAUUUUUCUUAUUUCUUUAUCUGGGUUUCAAAGGUUUUCUCCUCUUUUUAACCUUUAGAGGUAGUUAUACUGUCUCUUUAAAUUUUCUUAUAAUUUCACUUAUUAAAUAUAUUUCCUCUUUCUUUUUCUUUUUGUUCUUCCCUCUCUGUCCUCUUUCAUUUCAAUAAUCUCCACUUUCUUUACAUUAAAAAAAAAAGAGAAGAAAAAAAAAUAAAAAAAUUUUGUUUUCUUUUUUUUUUUUUACCUUUUUAGGAUUGUGUUCUUAUAUAUUCUUAUAUGCUGUAUUUUUCAAUUAGAGGCAGUAGGGGAUCUAGGGCAUCAUCAGUAGAGAGCAAAGAUUAGAAAGCCAAGGGAUUCUCAUUGAUGCCAGCUGUCGCUCACUCACGGUCUGAUGGCGGAACGGUCCGAUAAGAUCUCGCCAGACUAUCUUUUAUUCAGAGUCACCUGUGUGGGUGCAGCUCAGCGAAAGUGGAGGAAGCUCGAGGAGAGGAGAGGAGAUCUCAAACAGAGAUCAUCUGUUCAGCGGUUGUAUUUCUAUUUGGCAGUUGUAUUUUCAGUUUGAUAUCGGCGUGGUUUAGCUUCUAGCUCGCACGGGUCAUGUCCAGCAGGUCCCUCCCCCCAACGGCACGCAGCCCUUCUGGUUUACGUCAUCACGCCACCGGAAAUCUAUUUAUAAACAGGACUAUACAUAAGGAUACCCCUUUUCCCACAACAAAUUCUAACCAACCAAAAUAUGAUAAAAAAUAUACCUAUUAGUGGAGUGCUAUAGGGAUACAACCUGUGCAGGGGUUUAUUUUCUUAACCCACAAUUUUAGUAAUAAAAUGAACGUCAAAAUACAUAAAGGAGAAAAUAAAAAAUAGUGUAGAUGGUCUAGAAGUCACGAUAAAUUAUAGAAAAGGCUAAAAACCACUCACAUUUAGUGGAGCCUAUAAAAUAUUGGCUGUGUGAGAUUAACUUUUGUGUUCUUAUGACAGCAUUACCCCACUUCCUCUGUAAUGUUUCCUCCAAAUGGGAUAUAAGGAGAGAAGCAACCAAUGUGUAGUAUUUAAAUUUUAAAACCUUAAAAUCAUAAAAUAGGUAUUAAGCUUAUCUUUUAUAGAGCCUUCAAUUCCUGGCUCUAAGGAUAACAAGCAGAUUGCCAAUUUUCUGCCAAGCAGAAAAAAGCAGCUUGGUGAGAAGGUGACAACAGUUGGUGCGAUUAUUUGCAAAUGGAAGAAACACAAAAUAACUGUCAGUCUCCCUCGGUCUGGUGCUCCAUGCAAGAUCUUACCUCGUGGAGUUUCAAUGUUCAUGAGAUUGGUGAGGAAUCAGCCCAGAGUCACCAAGAAAACAAUUGGUAACACACUACACCAUAAAGGACUGAAAUCCUGCAGCGCCCGCAAGGUCCCCCUGCUCAAGAAAGCUAAUGUACAGGCCCGUCUGAAGUUUGCCAAUGAACAUCUUAAUGAUUCAGAGGAGAACUGGGUGAAAGUGUUGUGGUCAGAUGAGACCAAAAUCAAGCUCUUUGUCAUCAACUCAACUCACCGUGUUUGGAGGAGGAGGAAUGCUGCCUAUGACCCCAAGAACACAAUCCCCACCGUCAAACAUGGAGGUGGAAACAUUAUGCUUUGGGGGUGCUUUUCUGCUAAGGGGAAAGGACAACUGCACUGCAUCAAAGUGACGAUGGACAGGCCAUGUACUGUCAAAUCUCGUGUGAGAACAUCCUUCCCUCAGCCAGGGCAUUGAAAAUGGGUCAUGGAUGGGCAUUCCAGCAUGACAAUGACCCAAAACACACAGCCAAGGCAACAAAGGAGUGGCUUAAGAAGAAGCACAUUAAGGUCCUGGAGCCUCCAGACCUUAAUCCCAUAGAAAUUCUGUGGAGGGAGCUGAAGGUCAGCCUCGAAACCUUAAUGACUUGAAGAGGAUCUGCAAAGAGGAGUGGGACAAAAUCGCUCCUGAGAUAUGUGCAAACCUGGUGGCUAACUACAAUAAACAUCUGACCUCUGUGAUUGCCAACAAGGGUUUUGCCUAUAAGUACUGAGUGUAAGGGCUCAAAUACUUAUAAAUUGAUUUGCAUGUCAAUGAUUUUUUGACAUGCAUUUUUCUGUAUUUUCUUUGUCUGUUACUGUCUCUCACUGUUAAAAUACACUUACCAUUAAAAUUUUAGACUGAAAGUUUCUUUGUCAGUGGGCAAACGUUCAAUAUCAGCAGGGGAUCAAAUACUUUUUCCCCUAAAAAAUUACUGAACUAAAGUCAGUUCAAAACUUUUAAAAUGUUGAAUCAAAAUUUCAAUUAUUCUGAAAGAUAUUCUGUUUCUCCUCCAACGUUGAUAAAAAUGGAAUGUAAUUUACCUUGUUGAGUCACAUUUCGUCACUCUCAACCCCAAGCACUAAUUCUAAUCCCUUCUCACUUACGUGUAAUGCAAGCAUGUAUGCAUUAAAAUAAGUCUAACACGUCUGUCUGUUUUUGAAGGGUUUUUUUUUAACAUUUGAAAAUUUACAUUAUCUGCAUUUUAUAUUUGCAUAAAGAGGCGGAGAAUGAAGACGAGUGCCAUACCUUUAAACAGUUGUAGUUUGAGAGCAGUGUCUAGACUAUACCGUGUUUAUGCAAAAUAUACUGCACUUGUUUCUGGCAGAGAUCACUGCAAUGGUGGAUCUGAGAUGCACGCUAUGGCUGUUUAUUGCAAUGCUUUCUAUUUCUUCAACAGGUAACUUUUUUCUGAUAAAUAUUUUUUUGUUGUUAAAUUGUCUUUACUAGUUUCAUGUUUAUGAAAACUGCAAUAAUUACAGUUGCAGGGUUAAGGGUAGUGGGAGUUCGCACCCAGACCACCCCAAUGGGCAGAAGUGGUCUUGGUGCCUGGAGUGUCCCUUUAUUAGUGGGAGUGAAAUGCUGCAUCAGCCACCAUGGCACUGUGUGUGGAAUCAGGGCUCUAGUGAAGUCCAGCUGGGUAUAUGAUGUCUGGAAAAACGUCUGUAGACAAUUGGCUGCUAUCUUGGUGAGCUUAAUAUUUUUAUUUAAAAGGGCUGUAAGACUGUACUAAAGUAGUAUUCUUGGCUGGUUUGGGCAACAGAAUGGUAUAGACGUGUGUAAAAGACCGUGGAGGAGUAUUAUCAACAUAACUUUUAAUAAAGGGGGCUGUUUAAGUGGGUGUGACUUGCCCCUAAAAUAAUAUAAAGUAUUCUUUAUUGAAACCAUCUGUCUAUAACAACAGGCCAUUUCAUAUCCACAUAGACCACCUGUAAUCUUAAUUGUAAGCAGUUUCAGUGGUGUAUUUAGUUUUUAUGCCUCAAUAGGCAACCCCCAAACUAAAUUUGCACAACCCAUUCCUGUAAAUGCCCCAUCCUUUUUGCUUAAGACCAACAUACAAUUUGACUGACAGACACUCUCCCUCACUGAUACACAUACACUGACAUACAUUUACUGACAGACACACAGUCAUUGGCACACAUGCUGCUUAACCAACAUACACUUGCACUGACAGACACACACUGACACAUCUACUCACUGACAUACACACUCUCUGAAAUACACACAUACACUGAUAUACAUACAUUCUCACUGAUUUGACACAAUGAUAGACACACACACUCACUGAUAGUCACAUACACUCAGUGACAAACACACAUUGUCACUGUUUAGCCACACACUCACUCUCACUGACAGACUCUACUUACCCAAAAUGUAGCUUGGCCUCGCAGUGAGAUUUAAUCUCUCCCAGCUGCGGCGUAAAUUAAUAGAGUUAAAGAGCUCUAUGCUCAUCUGUUUGUCUGAGGCCACAAAAAAUGGACCCAGCUGGAAGAGGAGAACCCCAGGUAUGUGUUGAUACCUAGUCUACUGGUAUAAGUAGGAAUUAACCUUGCUCACACUGCAAUCAAUAUGUAGGCAUUUAAAUUCAUAUUUAAAAAACUGCAUUUAGCGCUGCAUGUAGCUCAUCAAAAAGUCUGAAAGCACUAAAAAUGGCACCAUGGGGCUGUCUGGUGUGAGCAGGCAUUUAACAGCAGGUCUUACAUGCCUGUUGAGGAGGGUAAUAAGAAGCUCUACAAUGGCUUUAAAGGACACUGUAGGCACCCAGACCACUUCAGCUCAUUGAAGUGGUCUGGGUGCAAACUCCCAUCACUCUUAACACUGAGCAUGUAAUUAUUGCAUGUGGCUGUCUACUAGAGGGACUUCCUGAAUUGAAACUGACUUUUGGUCUGUUAUCUGACGCUGGAUGUCCUCACGCUCUGCAUGAGGACCUCCAGCGUUAGAUUCUCCCCAUAGGAAAGCAUUGAAUAAUGCUUUCCUAUGGGGAGAUCCUAAUGCGAACGCGGCCAUUGCAGCACAUGCAUAUUAGGUCUCCCCCUGCUGGUGGGGGAGGAGCGUGGGCAGAGCUGGGCCAACACCGAGGAACAUCGGACCCAGGUAAGUGACAGUGCCGCGGGAAGGGGCCUUGACUUGGGGGAAAUCUAUAGUGCCAAAGUUUUCCUGGCACUAUAGUUUCCCUUUAAGUUGCUGUAGUUGUAUUUUAAGACCACUGGCAGGUGAUUAACUAAAGUGAGAAUGUGAAUAUAUACUUUUGUGUUAAUCACUUCUAUUUUACAAAUAGUUUUACAGCCAACACAUUGCCUAAUAUCAGAACAGAAAACUAGCUCUACCAGUCAAUCAGGAAGAAGUGGUAGAAACUUGAUUCUCGUAUACCACUUUAGCCUUAAGCUAAACAUGUUUCCCCCCAUGUAUCACUGAUAUUUACUGUUAACAGAAGUUAUUGUAUUUUUAAGUUCCUGUUUUUAGUCCUAUGUUAUGAUGGCAAAAUGGAAUAAGUCAAUCAUUGAUCGUACGAUAAGAUAGGAAAUAGUACGUGUGACAAUACGGCCUUAAUAUAUCGUCCAUGGGUAUUCCUUUUACAUAACGUGCACCACUAAACUGCUCCACUAAAUGCUAGGAGUCAUCUUUGGUAGCGUAUGCAGGAUAUACUGAGCUGGUAUCUGGUUACUAUAUGAUAUUCUAUCCAUACAGUCUUCUGGCAAUACUCUUAUUAGUAAUUACUCUAUACAGGACAAUGAAUAGCCAUAUCGUGUGAGACCUCAAGGAAGAAACAACACUUGUUUCUUUCUUGGCAACUCAGCAGAACUCAGACUGUUUAUUGUAUCUAGAUCCAGCUACAUAGAUCACAGCAUACAGUAAAAUAAACAUUACACAAAACAUUCACUAAUGGAAAUACAGAACAGGGCACAGAAAAAGAACUACAAAGCUACAAAGUGAUUCCUUACACUUGUUACUCCGCCUGUGCCAAUACAACCUGGCAACAAAAGGUUAUCUUGAUUGGACCCACUAUUCCUUUAGAGCAAUCUCUGGUUACAUCAACGCAGCUCUUUGCUGUGGCAGAUAGACUUCCUGGCUGCCACAGCAGGUGGACACUCACAGUGCAGAAUCUAACUUGAUUAGCCCACAAAACACAUUUCACACCUAACUAUACUUUGCCUGCAUAGAGAGCUGCUGUCCCUUGUGUUGACCCACACCUGAAUAUGCAGACAUGUAUGUAUAAUAUAGAUACACAGAUAUAUAAAAAAAAUAGUAAAAAGGGAGAAUAUUGAAGAAAUUGCUCAAAAUCACCAAGUGUGUGUAACUCCAAAUCACACCAAAUACAACAAACAUAUUAUAAUAAAUAAUAUGGUGAGAGCAAAAUAGGUGGUGAAUAAACCAAUCAUGAAUAAAAUAUAUAAAACAUGCAAUUUACAAUGUAUCCGGGUACAUCCCAAUAAAUAUAAAACACAGUACAUAGUAUAGCCUGUAUGUGGAAAAUGGACGAUAAUGGAAUAAAAUCUCCCACUCACGUGGUGCUGAGCCGUUAGAAAGUGGCUCAGACUAUAAGCGGCUUAAUCGAUCAUUUGGAGACCACAAUGCUGGAACCAGAAUAGAGAUGUCCACUGUAGAGUUACCACUUCCCUUUAUGUAGCUAACAAGUAUCUUUAUUGGUUACAUAAAAUAUAGCAUAAAACGGAAUCUCCGAUGUUCUCUUUUAUGCUGUAUUUUAUGUAACCAAUAAAGAUACCUGUUCCUGUACCUACCCCUCUAUCUGGCAUUUAUCCAAGCUACUUAAAGGGAAGUGGUAACUCUACUGUGGACAUCUCUCUUCUGGUUCCAGCAUUGUGCAACUGUGUUCUUUCUAUCUUUACAUAAUGGAGUCUAUAAGACCCCAAAGUGAAACAGAGAAACCCUUUUCUCUCUAACCGAUAGAGAAAAGAUUGGCUCUCUAAUAGUCCUUCAAAAAAAGUGAGUGGUCUCUUAGACUUUACUUUAAACGAGGGAGCAAAAUGUAAAAAAGAAAGAUUUCUGGCACUUGCCCUUUGUAUGUGUAGCAGCUUGAACUUCCCAAACCAGAGUCUCUUCCAUCUGGUUGUAGGUGAGAAUAGAUAAGAGACAUUUCCAGAAUAAAGAAGAAUUGCACAGAUGGGGAGAUGUGCAAUGAUCAGGAUGUAGUUUGAGGAAAAAGAUUCUGAUAAAGAAUUAUUAAGGCAAUCUAUCUUUUCCAGACGAUAAGGAGACACAAAACAAAGAGAUUAUUAAUUGUCCUUUAAUAUUUAACUAUAGUGCUCAAUCAUUUAUAAAAAUUGGAACCUAGGGUUACAUGACACUAUAUUGGGCCAGCUUUUAUCCCCAAACCUAGAAUUAUUUUCAGAGGAGCACCAACAAUUAAACCAAAACUGGUCCAUAGUUUUAAACCUCCUGACCCUGAAAGGCACUUUCUGAAUGACCAAAAAGGCUUUUAUAAAUGGGGGCAGUGUAAUAUCUGCAAAACAAUAAGACCACCAUUUAGGAAGAUCACAAGCUUUUACUCAUAUAGGACAAAAAAAAAUAUAUAAGAUUGAAGACUGCAUCACAUGUCACUCAAAACAUGUAAUUUACUUGCUAGAGUGUGUUUAGGGUCUUCAAUAUGUGGGACAAACUAGAAGAUAUUUAAAAACAAGACUCAGGGAACAUGUCUACAAUAUAAAAAGAACAUGACAGCAAACCCAGCACCCUACAGCAGUGAUGGCGAACAUUUUUGAGCCCAAGUACCCAAACUGCAAUACAAACCAAGUUUUUUUCCUCAAAAUGCCAAAAAAAAACAACUCAUACAGUUGCCCUCCAUCCCACCCACCCACCCACUAAUGAAAGCAGACGCCUGCCAUUUUGGGCAGGCAAGUGCCUUCUUUGCAUUGCCCCUGGAGGGACCUAUGGCUGCCGACCGGCACCCCCCAGGUGACUAGGGUGACCACAUUUCCUAACUGCCAUUCAUGGACACUUACUUUCAUGAGAGCAUUUCAUCAAAUUUAUACUUGAGAUUGGCAAAAACAUAUCUGCCAGUGCAUUUUUCAGUAUUUCUGCAAACAUUAACUGGCUACUUAGACACACACAUACUCACAGAUACACACUGACACUCACAGAUACACAUACACUCACAUAUAUACACUGACACACACACACACACACACACAGAGAUGUUCACAGAUGCACAGACACUCGGAAAUACACAUUGACACUCACAGAUUCACAGAUACACACACACACAGACACUGACAUACACAGACACUCACCGAUAUACAUACACACAUCGACACUCACAGAUACACAUACACUGACACACACAGACACUCACAUAUACACAUUGACACUCACAGAAACGCACACACUGACACACACACACAUGUUCACAGAUGCACAGACACUCACAUAUACACAUUGACACUCACAUACACACACACACACACACACACACUGACAUACACAGACACUCACAGAUACACAUACACACAUCGACACUCACAGAUACGCACACACUGACACACACAUGUUCACAGCUGCACAGACACUCACAGCUGCACAGACACUCACAGAUACACACACACACACUGACAUACACAGACACUCACAGAUACACAUACACACAUCGACACUCACAGAUACACAUACACUCACAUAUAUACACUGAAACUCACAGAUACGCACACACACACACACACACACACACUCACAGACACUCAAUGAGACACACAAACACAUACCUAAACAUACACAUGGGCAAAACACAAAUUGCAUUUUACAUUUGUUAACCUUCCUCUGCUCCCACAUACCUUUUGUUUGCAGGGUGGUUAAUUCCUGGGGCUGGCUGAUGAUGGGAGUCUGAAGGAGAAGCUACAGAGCUCUCUCUCCUGCUUCUUCCUCCUCUCUCAGUUGCUUCUUCAGUGUUCUAUCAGCCCGCGCGGUCUGUAUGCUGGGAGGAAGUAACAGUCACUUUCUCCCAGCACUCUCUGCAACUUUAAAGGGUCUGCCAAAGGGCUGCAGCACCCCGACUGGGUCCCUGAUGAGGUAGUUCACCUAUGGGAGCUGGAUUUAUUUCUCAGGAGGGGCAAUUGCCCCCUUGCUCCUCCCCCCUGGAUCCGCCACUGUCCCGGAAUGAGGGUGCCUCUCAAAAUGUGGGACUAUCCCUGGCAAUCCGGGACAUGUGCAGUGCUAUCUUAACAGCAUUAUGGGCCCCCGGGCAAAGCAGUGCACCGGGGCCCUGCCUACACAACAACUUACAGGAAUUAAAAAGGUAAAUUAUUCUUUCUUCUCCUUUACCUUUGUGCUCCUUGCGGCCCUUUCUAGCUCCUUUUUUCCCCCUACUGCUACUCCUUCAACUUUACCUUUGUGCUCCUUCUGUCCAUUUCUGCUCCUUGCAGACCAUUCCUGCCCCUUGCUGAUCCUUCCAGCUCCUUGUGACUUUUCCCGCUCCUUCUCCAACUUUACCUUUGUGCUCCUUCUGAUUCCUUCUGCUCCUUUACCAUUGUGCUCCUUCUGUGCCUUCCCUUCCUACUCCUUGCUGCCCCUUUCUGCAACUUGCUGACCCUUCCUGCCCCUUUUUGCCCCUUUCUGCUCCUUACUGACCCUUCCUGAUCCUUGCUGACUCUUUCUGUUCCUUUCUGCUCCUUAUCCUACUUUACCUAUGUGCUCCUUCUGAUUCUUUCUGCUUCUUUACUUUUGUGCUCCUUCUGAUUCUUUCUGCUUCUUUACCUUUGUGCUCCUUCUGUCCUUUCCCGCUCAUUGCUGACCAUUUCUUCUCCUUGCUGAUCCUUCCUGCUCCUUGCUGACCAUUCCUGCUCCUUGCUGACCCUUUCUGCUCCUUCUCCUACUUUACCUUUGUGCUCCUUCUGUCCAUUCCUGCUCCUUGCUACCCUUUCCUGUAAGCUGUCUCCCCAUCUGUCACGUCCUGUUCUUGUUGUGGAUCAUUUCUGGCCUUGGCUUCUGAUAUCCAGUACUCUUUUUACAAUUCUUGUUUAGUUUUUCUUGGUUUUUCUAGUUUUCUAUUCUAUGCUGGGUUUUCUGGGUUCAUUCCUUUAUUCCGUUACUGGCAUUCCCAGUAUCCUGGAUUCCUUUCUAUGUUUGUUUUUUGUUGCCACAACCGUUCCUUUGCCAUUUAUCCUUUUUGUUUCAGUGUUCCCUGAGGGCAGUGGUCUCAUUCCUCUGCCCUUUUCCUUGCAGGUAAGUACUGUGUGUGUUUUAUUGUUGUACUUUUAGUCAUCCAUAUCUAGGCAGUUAGGACCCACUGUAAUUGGAGUACUUUGGCGCAGUGGUGGGCUGCAUACAUCUUGGCCAUUUAUGUAUGUCUAAAUCUCCAAUGUUUAUUACAUAAAUAGUACUUGCUUAUUUCUCCUCUUGUUUUGCCUUCUAUUUCUUGUCUUGUUUCAUUUUGUCUUGUAUUCCCAGUUCAUGUCCUCUCCUGUUCUUGUUUCCCUCAUGUAUUAUGUACAUGUUCUGGGUUCUGCUUUCUGUUGUGCUUCGGUUCUGAGUUCUUCUAGUCUUGUCUUGUUUGGUGCCUUUUCUAGUCUUGCCUAGUUUCUAGUACUGGAUACCUGUCUGCAUAAUAUCAAGCUCUUAGGAUCUGCAGAAGCUGUAUCAGGGCUUUAGUAGGUGGCUGCACAAACCCUGGUGCUCAACACCAGGGGGCAUGUGGUUACCCUGCACCAGACCCUGGUAGUUCAUUUCCACGCCGUGACUACUGCCAUCAUCAGGCAAAGUGGCGUACAUACAGGGGUCGCAGGUGCGACCAGGCCCGUCACACCAGGGGGCCCAGCUGCCCUGCGGACCCCUGCGACCAGAUGCCUGUCGCCAUGUGUUGCGGCCCCAACCCACGCGUUAAAACUGCCAGGGCCGCACAUGAAGGGGCCCAUCGGGUGGCCCAUGCUGUUAGGGCCACCCGUUGGCUAUGUAUUUCAAGGGGGCCCGGUCAGCGCGACCGGGCGCCCUGAGAUGACAUCAGAUGCUGGAAGGAAGUGACUGCCCCUGUCACUCCUCCCAGCUAUCAGACAGAGCCGCGCGAGAGGAUGAGAGGAGGAAGUCAGAGUGGGAGCUCUGACUACCAUCAGGCUGAGCCACCACUGAACCCCAGGGAAGUCACCCUCCUGCAUCUAAAAGGUAGGAAGCAGGAGGGUGACUGUUUGUAUGUAUGUUUGUGUGUCUGUAUGAAUGUUUCUCUGUCUGUGUGUGUAUGUGCAUGUGUGUGUUUGUAUGUGUGUGUGUGUGUAUAUAUGUGUCUCUGCAUGUAUGUGUAUGUAUGUAUGUGUGCUUGUAUGUAUGUGUGUUUGUAUGUAUGUGCCUGUCUGUAUAUAUGUGUCUCUGUUUGUGUUUGUAUGUGUGUGUGUGUGUACAGUGGCGUACAUGCAUAAGUCGCAGCUGCGACUGGGCCCAUGGGGAGCACGGAUCAGUUUUUGCACUGGGGCCACAUGAAUCAUGUAUACGCCACUGAUCAGGCAUACAAGGGUCCUGGACACCAUCCCUUACUUACCUGAUCUGUAGGCUGUCUCUGCAGUCUGAAAGUUGCUGGCUGCACUCUGUGCUGCUCCCCUGGAUUCAGUCAGGAGACAGAAGCAGGAAUAAGCUGUAUCUUCCUAUCCCUGCCUCUCUCCACACACAGCCUCACCUACUUGCCGGUGCCGGCAUUGCAGUUUAUUCUCAUUCACACCGGGGGGGACAAGAAGUGUUUAUAUUCAGUGUAUUUUGAUGAGCCAGUAAUUAGUUCUCCAGUAAUAUAGGAAAAAAUAUGAAAACAGGAAAUAGUGCUCUCUGUGAUGUUAAAAUUAUAAAAUAAUAAAAGGAGAUAUACUCACAAAGGAAGAGCAAGUAGAUAUUGCUCGAUCCUAAACAGCAUAGGUAAAAUGUUCCCCACCAAGGAAUGUGAGAUGCAGCGUCCUCCAAGUAAAAUCCUCAAGAAUACAGUUAGGGAAGUCCAGAGAUGAAUAAAAACUAGUUUUAUUAAUAAACAAGAUGAUAAAAAAAAAACUAACGCGUUUCACCUAUAUAAAGGACUUUUCAAAGUGUUACAGUGCAAAGGACCUUCACUGUUUAAAUACCUCUAAAAUGCAAAUAAAACGGUCAGAUGAUAUCAUUGAACAGACAUAAAAAUCAAUUAACUUAAAAAACCCAUAAAAUUAGAACACCAUAAAAUAGAGAUCAGAAAGGAUAUAAGAAUCUUAUGUAAAGUAUAAAACAUACUUAAAACGAUUUGUAUUUAAUAAAUAAAAUAUUUUUCAUACUGCUUCAUUGGAGUCUGGAAAUAAGGACUCAAUCUGAAAGCGUUGCUUCCCGACAUUUCCAUUAUUUAAACCAGGUCUAGCAAAUUACCUGUCACCUCUCUCCACCUUGUGUGCAGGGGGUGAUGGGGAAAUGUAAUCAUGUGAUGCAUGGUACAGGGCCAGACUGUGAAUAAAAAGCUGUAUUGGAAUAAUUUGUAUAGCGGCCGCUUAUGCAUUUUUUCAAUAUUGUGUGCAGAUACACAAAUAGGAAAAUAAUUUAUAUUGAAAAUUAUUUCUCCAACAUGAAGGAUCGCACUUACAGGUUUUCAAAAUAACCAAAAGAGCAACUUACUCUAAGCAGAUGUAUUACAUCAAUAUUUAGCCCCAUUAACUUGCCAUCUUGUGAAAAGUUUGUUAAUGAGAAUGCAACAUUGAUUGUAUGCUAGAAACGUUGACAUAGAUUGAUGGUAAAUCAAUUUCGAGUUAUUUUUCUUUAGUUGCACUUCAGUUGCAAAAACGUGUUCCCCCCUCGUUUUUUUGUUUUUUUUUUUAAUAAUGUUUUGGGAAUACAUAUACCUAUUAUACAUAUAUGUAUUAUGGAAAACAAUAGACUUAGAGAUUCAUUUUGGUCCAGACUGCAAAUCACCUGAAUAUUGGACAAUCGGUGAUCGGUUUAAUUUAAGAACUUUGUGCUCAAAUAUAUCUGAAUCAUAAACCAACUGAAAUGCGCAAUGGCCAAGCAUGUUCGGUUUGGUUUGUAAUUCCGAAUAAAUAAAUAAAUAAAUAAAUAAAUAUUCUAUAUUUAAUAGAUAUAUAAUAUAUAAACUUAAUUUUUUUUUACUGCUCCUCCUGUGUUUUCCUCUAUUGGUUACAUUUGCUCACUUGAUCUAUGUAAUCACCUAAUGCCAGGAAAAUACUCAUAUCAGGGUACUUCCAUAGAAUGAACACAUUUGGUUCAGAAGUUGCGCAAUUGCCUCUGUCCCAUGUACUGGUAUUAUAUUGUUUGUUUAUAUAUUAUAUAAACAAUAGUUUAUAAAAAUCACUCUUGCUAUCACAGAAUGAAGUUCCAGGAACUCAAGACUUAAUCCCUCUAAUCUAUAUUCAGGGAAGUUUCCCCGAACAUAGACAUGUGCACCAGAGCAGGGAAUCCCCACGACCAGGCGUAAGUGCGAGCCUUUGUAAAACAGGUAGGUCGCUAAAUGAGGACCACCUGUAAUGAGUGACAUUAAUAGAUGGACCAGGAGUUGCCCAGUCUACUGGUCCAAAUAAGUGUAGUGUCAGAAGUUGCCCAAUUCUCCAAACUUUUCAGAUUCUUGAUAAUGUGAAGAGUCUGACUCUGUUUGCAUAACCUCAUCUAUAGAAGCAUCAUCUUAGAUGUCCCUGUGUCCACUUUCAUGACCAGAUAAGAUUCAAAAUAAGAUGGUUCAAAUAGCUGGUCUAUACCGCAUUUAUUAAAUGUCUGAACUAUUUUUGUGACAAAGAUGGGAUAUAUAGAAAGAAGUACAUUUUGGUAUUAAAGCUAUUAUAUUUUGAAAUAUAAUGUUGUCUCAUUGAGGAGCUCCUGUGUCCUUCCCCCAGCUCACUUGUCUUAAUAAUUGGUAACUGCUAUUUAAACUGCUGUAUUCAUUUCAUGUCUGCCAAUUGUGCAUGAUAUUGGGCUUCAUGAAUAUACACUUACUCUCUGUUACCUGCAUGGUCUUUGGUCAGAUUAGUAUUAACAAGAGUUUUACUUUUGUUCUCUACAUGUAACCUUUGGGUCCAUCAAAAUAUCAGGUUUAUGAGCUCCUUUCUCUUGGUUACAUUUUUGUUUAAUAUUUGUAAGAUAAUAGCUACUUUUGUUCCCUGUAUUUACCAACUGAGGAGCAUGUUACUUUUUUCUCAAUUGUGGUAUUUUAUAGAAUUUUUUUGUACAAAAGAUACAAAAAGAGAGCACCAUAUAGAAAUUGGAACAAAAUAAAAUAUUUCAUCCAUACACUUGAAUCAUCAAAUAAAUCCCUCUUCUAAAAUCAGGACCAUAUUACUUUUGACAUCUUGUAAUAUUCUCAUGUGUACAAACCCAACCCUGUUUAACAAUUUAUUGUUAUGGCUAAGAAACCUUGUUUCCUCAACAGCUUAAUAUAUGUGUGGUUUAAUCAUCACAGACAUUUCUAUGCAUAGUUCACAUUUUUAAAUAACCUCCUUUGUUUUAUAUUGCAGAUACUGCCUUCAACAGUAGUAAUUAUAUUCCCCAAAUUACACUUAAGCCGGUGCUAGGAAAGGUCACAGCUACUACCUUUGUACUGGACAUUCCUCAAUGUGUCUUUAGUGACUACGCAGGAAGUGAUAUUUGGCUGGUCAUUGCUAAACAAGAUGGUAAGGUGGUCUUACUAUUACCUCAAAUAGUCUAUUUCCUUAUUGACAUUGCCAACCAAAAUAAGAAGAGUGAGUUUUUGGUCCUAGAUCCUUGGUAAUAAUUUGUAAAGGGGUUGGCCUUCCCAUUGAAGGGGUGGGUCAGCCUAGCAUCAAGCACACUUUCCCCCAAAUUAAAGGUCCAUGCAGAACCAUGGUCCUAGUGCCCACUACACAGUGCAAGCAUGUUGUUCUCGUCUUGUGCUGCCCCGGGGAUGGGGAACUCAAUUGGAAUGGCAGAACAGGACCAAACUUGUGAUAGUUGGUAGGCCUUCCUGAACCAGUGACUGAACUAAUGUAGAGAUAGAACCUACCGUAAUUGGAGUACUUUGACGCAGUGGUGGGCUGCAUACAUCUUGGCCAUUUAUGUAUGUCUAAAUCUCCAAUGUUUAUUGCACAUAUUAGUACUUAGUUAUGUCUCCUCUUGUUUUGCCUUGCAUCUCUGGUCUUGUUUUAUUUUGUCUUGUAGUCCCAGUUCAUGUGCAGUCCUGUCCUGCCCUGUUCAUUUUUCCCUCAUGUCUUGUGUACAUGCUCUGGGUUCUGCUUUCUGUCCUGCUCCAGUUCUGGGUUCUUCUAGUCUUGUCUUGUUUUCUUGUUUGGUGUCUACUCUAGUCUUGCCUUGUUUCUAUACUGGAUACAUGUCUGCUGAAGAGCCUUCCUAUCCAGUUCCUGGGAGGUCUGCAUAUCAUCUAGCUAAUAGCUCUUGGGAUCCGCAGAAGCUGCAUCAGGGCCCUUGUAUGUGGCUGCACAAACGCUGGUGCUCAACACCAGGGGGCAUGUGGUUACCCUGCACCAGGCCCUGAUGGUCCAUUACCACGCUGAGACUCCCAUCAUCAUCAGGCACUCAAGUGUCCCGGUCUUCGGAUCGCCACCUGUGACAGGGGCAUUGGUGCAAGAAUUCUUGUGCCCCCCUAAGGGUGGCCAAAAGUUAGAUCCACACAUGUCAUACAACUCCUACAAUGUAUGGGUGUAUUUGUAUGCAGUGUUGGUGUUUGAAUAAAGGUGGAUAUUUGUGUGUAGUGUCGGUUUUUGAAUGUAGGGGUUUUUAUAUAUAUAAUGCUGGAGGUUUAAUACAGAGGUGUGUUUGUUAUGUACUAUUGAUGUUUGAUUCCAACAGUGUGUUUGUAUGUAGUGUUGAUGUUUGAACGCAAGGGUAUAUUUGUGUUUAAUGUUGGUGUUUUAGAUGUAUGCACAUAUGCACAUACAUUGAUACACAUGCACACACAUAUACAUACACUAACACACAUACAGAUACACAGACACACACACUGAUACACCUACUGACACAAAUGCAGAUACACAGACAUGCAGAAAAAAUUAAUCAUUGUAGAUAUAGGCUGGAGAGUGUUAAAAAAUAUAAUGUGGAUUUCUAAAACAUAACCAGAAAAAUAAUACUCAUUUUCUCUACAGUUGCUUUAACCCUGUCUGAUUCAGCUCUCGCAAAUAAACGUACAUAUAAUUCAUUCUUCGGAAAUGGUUACUAUCAUAUCCAGCCAUACAGUGGAAUUACUUACCCGUGUUCCAAUGACUUUAAUUACACUCGAGUUGGCAAUGGUGAUAGCUGUAAUGAAAUAGAAUUCUGCAAUGGUCCUUUAAAUUCAUCACUGGCAUAUAGGUAAGUUAUUGUCACGAUAUUGAAUAGUAAAAAUGCAAUUAUUUGAUAAUUAUAAAUAUUUAUAAAAACAAAAUAUUAUAUGUCCUGAUGUAAACAAAUGUACAGCAAGUUUUCUUUAAAAUGAUGGUAAUUUGACUAAUCUGAGACCAUUUUAGUAUGGUUUGUCUUCUAAGUGGCUAUGGAUUGGUCCUUUAAUAUAAAAUGUGACUAGAAUUUCAUGCAUUGAAAGAAAUAAGAUUGAACUUCUCAUGGUAGUAAAUGAAGCCAUGGUAGUUUAGUAAUGUAAGUUAGAUUUGAUUCAAAUAAAGUGUGGGAAGGCUAAGGUGACAGGGUGAUUGUGUUGGGUGAGUGUAGCAAGGUGACUGUUCGUGGAGGGGAUGAGAGUGUUUUGGGGGAGUGAGUGUGACAGGGUGAUUGAGGGGUGUGCAUGUAACAGAAUGACCACAAAGGGGGUAAAUUUGACAGGGUGACUGUGUGUCUCAAAGGGAUGCAUGUUCCUUUAAAUUUCUUCUUAUUUCUGUGACUAACAAGAAGACUUGAGUGGUUAUAGUGACGUUUUAUAUAUAGUCCGCAGCCUCAGAUAAGGAAUAAUUUGCUUAUUACUUAUUACAAGGGGCCCUUACAUAUAAUAUUCUGAGCAUGGAUAAUGUUUGGGUCGUGAGUGGCUGUCCAGAGUGCAUUCAUCUGGUUAGAGUAUAAGGCAUUUAGACUGAACUUUGGCGCACUUGCAAACCAUGCGAUUCUCUCUCGGUGUGAUAUUUAGUAGAUUUACGAUAUUGGCACACAACGGCAGAAUUUUACAUAAAGCAGUUCUGUCACUUUAAGAACUUUAAUAGCAAGCAACUUACUUACUAUUUCCUUGUAAGUUGGAAUUGAGUCUUUUUUUAGAAGGCAAUGAUAAUAAUUAAUACAAUUAUUAAAGUGCUCUUCUUAUUUGAAGAUAAUAAAAAAGUAUGAGGAAUCAAUUGAAUUGAGCAAAAAAAAAAUAAAAAUGAUUUGCAGCUUGGUUGUUAGGCACGUAGAAAGCAAAUUAGUGGAGUAGAUUUAACUUAAGGCUAUUAGAGGGUUAAAGUCUUUGUAAGGUAUCAAGCAAUUAGAUGAUUAAAGUCUUUGCAGAAUGAAUCCUUGCAAACAGAAAUAAUUUCUAAUAACUUAACUUGUGGAGGUUUUCCUGAAGGAUAGUCCAGGUCCUUUCCAUGGUCAAGCAGGCAGAGAGAUCAACAGAGUCGGUAUAGAAUAGGCAGGGGUUCGGUACACAGUUCAAUAGUUGAUAGGGAGCUCAAUCACAACUAUGAAUCACUUAGCCACAAAUUAACUGAGCGAUUCAAAGUUGCCGCGGCUCUCCUAUAUUGCAGGGCGUGUCAGAUGCAUUGGCGAAGCUCGGUCGGUGAUACCCGUGAGCGUCUCAGAGGGAAUCCCCAAUCGGUAACUAUGACACUCAGAGCUCCAACACUUAUAGAUAGUGUUAAAUCGCUGCUGUGGUAACCCACAGCAAUUCUCUAAAUUCAGCAACUUGUGGGAGAUUACCAAAGGCUGUGCCAAAGGUGAAGGCCAGUGGCUGCUUGGCUCCAUUCCCCCUGGCAAUAGGGCCCCUUAAGAGAUGGAUGCUCGUUUUCUAGGGUUCGUAAUAUAGUGUGUACUUAUGGCCGGCAUGUAUCCUACGUUCGUUCAAAUACACAUGCAUGACAGAGUUAUAGGUUCGAGUCCUGCCUGAACACAAAGGAAUGGCAUUCACAUACCUUUUUCCCAGCAGGAAUACCAUUCCUGCAGGGCUCAAGCCUUGAUACAGCCGAUGAGAAGGGCCUGCACAACAGGUGACGGAGCCUAUAAGGGAGCUGUCAGAGCGUUGCCAUAUGUUGCCAUGGAGCUCUACUCCGGGAAGUACUUAGCUAGGUCUCAUGAGAAGAGUCUGGGCACCCAGAUGAGGACCUUACUGGAGAUUAUGCAAUGACACUGAACUACCAUGGAAUGUAGUGUCCCCGCCCCUUAACCACAGGGUGUAAUAACAUGAAAUAAAGCCCACCCCCCACCACCCCAAAAAAUAAAUAUUUGAAAAAAAAUCUAAACUGCUCUAGGUCCCUUUGAAAUGGAACUGACUUUGCUAAUUCUCCUGCAAAGUUAUUUGAUCUAAUCUCCUGUUGCAAGUUAUCUGCAAAGAAUUUAACCCUACACUUGCCUGCCGACUAAAGCUAAGCUAAUUCAACUAACUCUGAUAUGUAAUUGCUCCCUUGUUCCUGCCAGUUUAACAUUUAUCCUGAAUUAUAUAACAACACGAAUAUGUAUCUACAAAAAGUAAACAAACAAGGACCACAAUAGAGUAGUAAAACAGUACACUUGAUGGAAUAGAAUUCCAUAGAACUCACAAGUUUAGAAUAAAAUGCAGGCUCAUCUCACAUAUUGGUAAUUUCUCUGAUAAAAAAAAAAAAGGUAUUCUGAUGCUAUACUUUGUCCAAUGAUAUUGUAACGGUUCCUUUAAAUGGUUCACGUCACUUCCCAAUCUAUUACUUUAAGAUUCUAAUUGAAGUUCAUGGAUCCACCUAUUUAAGCCUUCAACGCCAAUGUCUCAGUGCACAAUUAAUGUGUCUCUACCUGUGUGCAGUUGACACCUAUUUACUCUCCCAGUGACUCUUUCAAUUCCCCUCAAAGUUAAUUCCCAGUUAAAAUUAUUUGCUUAUUACUUAUUACUGACCUGGAUUGGACUUUGACACUUCUCUUGGACUCUCCUUACUUUGCUUAUUAAUUGUUGCCGAACUGGACUGGAUUUGACCCUUCUCCUGGAUAUUCCUAUAGACUGAUUUACUGUUGCAGAACCGGACUGGAUUGCAGUACCGGACUGAAUUUGACCUUUCUCCUGGAUAUUCCUAUGGACUGAUUUACUGUUGCCAAACCGGAUUGGACUUUAACAAACCUUCUGGAUUUUCCCUAUAAAAUUCAAGCUAACCUAAAUGUCAUUCUUAAUCCUGGUGAUUAUCUUUUAUUCUCAAACUCUCAUACUGGUGAGUAGUCUUUAUUUUUAACUUGUCUUUAUUUUUAACUUGACAUAUAUAUAUAACAGAUAUACCCUAAUUCCCUGUUAAACUACUGCCCUAUCUCGCUACUACUGUUUCUCGCCAAGAUCCUUGAGAGAAUUGUGUAUGCGAAAUUGACAGACUUCCUCGAAUCCAACUCUCUGCUUGACCCGCUUCAAUCUGGACUCCGCACUCGUCACUCUGUUGAAAUAGCUGUAACCAAAGUAUAUAAUGAUCUUAUCACUGCUAAAUCCCAUGGCCACUACUUUUUCCAAAUUCUCCUCGACAUUUCUGCUGCUUUUGACACUGUUGAUAAUCAACAGCUUCUUCUCAUCCUCUGUAACCUCUGUAAAAUAAUACUCUCUCUUGGUGCUCUUCCAACCUCUCCCAGCGCUCAUUCAGUGUGUCUUUCUCUGGUUCUGCCUCGUCUCCCAAAUCCCUCUCUUUUGGUGUUCCCCAAGGGUCUGUCAUUGAUUCCCCAUUGUUCACCAUCUACACUCCCUCCCUUGGUAAACUCAUCAGCUCUUUCGGCUUUCAGCGUCAUUUCUAGAUGGAUGACACGCAAAUUUAUCUGUCCUCCCCUGAUUUCUCACUAUCCCUCUUGACUUGUGUCUCUGACUGCCUCCCUGCUAUUUCCAACUGGAUGGCUGCUCAUUUCCUUAAACUUAACAUGCCCAAAACAGAACUUCUGGUCUUCCCUCCCUCAAGUGUUAUUACUCCCUUGUCUGUGUCCCUCCAAGUCAAUGGCGCUACCAUCUGCUCUACCCCUAGGCUUGCUGCCUAGGUGUUCUCUUUGACUCCAGUAGUACUCCAGUUAGGAAAUGAUAUUCCAGCUUUUAAUCACUUAAAAACAUAAAACAAAACAUAGUGUAAAAUACAAUGAUAAAAGAUAAGGUUAUGACUCACAAUUGGUCCGCCACUAAUAGUGGCCAGAAAGGCACAUCAAUAGGUCAAAAGACCUGCCACGAAGGGACUCCAAGAUGUUCUGAGUCAGCUCCUGAAUGCACCAAGGUUCUGAAUCCCAAGGGGUAAUAAAGGAGUGAGUUCUGUAUAAGGAUGUCCUAAAUAGAGAGUUAUGGAGGCUCUGUAUGUGUCCGACCGGUUUCGUCCUCAGGAGUUUUUCAAGGAAGAACUUAGAUGUAGUCCACACCAUUGAGACUUAUAAACCCCACCAAUUUGUGUGCAGCUGGGUUCCCCAAAUGGGUUGAACCAAAUCAGGUGUGUUUAAAAACAAAAUCCCACCUAAAACAUGGCCACCGAGAUCGUAUAUGGAGACCAAUUUGGCAGCCAUUAGGUUAUGUCUUCUGGAAACAUAAUCCACCGGCCCCACUCAUGGACACCAAAAAGAUGGCUGAUCGCAUAUGCAGAGGUGUUUAAGUAGCCGCGCAUGCGCAAAAAAAAAGGCUGCUCACAUGUACAGCGACAUCUAAAUUUUUAAAAAUAUCUGAAAUCGCUCGAUCAUAUUAAAUCCAAGCGGGCAGAACGUUACAACGUACUGACAGCCCGAAAGACCAUCGAAAUAAACAGUGAUUAAAUGGUGCAUUAGUUGAACCCCUUAAGGACGGUGGGCAUUCUAUGCCAUCCUUGGGGACCCGGCUCUAAACGCCGGCUGACGGCUUAGAACGCCCAAGUCGUCCUAUGUACUUACCUGGUCGCCGGCGAAUUCGGUAUGGGGACUCACCUGGGAGCCCAGGGAGUCCCCCUCCUUCCUCUCCGCCCCCCCUGGGCCAUGUGAUCUCGAGGUCCUUGCAAGGACCGCGCAAUCACAUGCACGGCAUAGCAAUGGCAGGUACUCCCCCUGCUACCUGAAAAAAGUUAAAAAAAAAAAGUUACAGUUUAAAAUAAAAUAUAUACUUAUAUCAUUAAUUAUAUAUAUGAUCUAAGUAUAUAUAUAUAUAUACACAUAUACAUACAUACACUGUCUAAGUGUAUUUUAAUAUUAAUAUAUAUAUAUAAUUAUAACUAUAUUAAUAUCAAAAUACACGUACAAUGAUAUUGAUUAUAUAUAUAUAUAUAUAUAUAUAUAUAAUUUUCAUUAUAUAUAUAUAUAUAUAUAUUUAUAUAUAAUAUAAAAUAAAAAAAUAUGUAAAUACAUUAAAAAUAUAUAUAUAUGUGUAAAUUCAUUCUAACUGUAUUUUAAAAUUAAUAUAUAUAUAUAUAUAUAUAUAUAUUGAUAUCAAAAUACAUGUAGAACGAAAUAAUAUAUAUAUAUCGAUGUACAUAAAUAUAUACGUAUAUAUCACUAUAUAUAUAUAUAUAUAUAUAUAUAUAUAUAUAUAUACCUAUAUAUAAAUAAAAAUAAUCUAAAAAAAUUAUAUACACAUAUAUAUAUAUAUAUAUACAAAUAUAUAUAUAUAUAUAUAUAUAUAUAUAUAUAUAUAUAUAUAUAUAUAUAAAUAUAUAAUAAUUCUACGUAUGUAUUUAUGUAAUAAUUUUACAUAAUUAGGUAAUUUUAUUAAUACAAUUUGCCGGACCUGCCUGACAACCCAGGCCAAAAGUCCAGGGAAUUUAAUUUUCUAGCAUUAUAUUUAACCCUGUAACUUUCCAAGACACCAUAAUACUGUUUUACUCGGAAGACUUCGCUGAACACAAAUAUUAGUGUUUCAAAACAGUAAAAGUUAUUACAACGACGAUAUAGUCAGUGAAAGUGAAUUUUUUUGCAUUUUUCACAUACAAAUGGCACUUGCACGGACGAUAUAAUUGUUGUGAUACAUUUUACUGUUUUGAAACACUAAUAUUUGUGUUCAGCGAAGUCUCCCGAGUAUAGCAGUACCCCUCAUGUACAGAUUUUAUGGUGUUUUCAAAAGUUACAGAGUCAAAUAUAAGGCUUGCGUUUCAGUUUUUUCACAUUGAAAUUCGCCUGGUUGGUUAUGUUGCCUUUGAGACCGUACGGUAGCUCAGGAAUGAAAAUUACCCCCAUGAUGGCAUACCAUUUGCAAUAGUAGACAACCCAAGGUAUCGCAAAUGGGGUAUGUCCAGUCUUUUUUAGUAGCCGCUUAGUCACAAACACUGGCCAAAAUUGGUGUUCAAAUUAGUUUUUUGCAUUUUUCACACACAAACAAAUAUUAAAGGGACACUCCAGGCACCCAGACCACUUCUGCUCAUUGGAGUGGUCUGGGUGCCAACUCCCACUACUCUUAACCCUGCAAGUGUAAUUAUUGCAGUUUUUAUAAAUAAUUACCUUGCAGGGUUAACUCCACCUCUAGAGCGACACUCUAGCACAGGUUUAGGGACACGGAAGUGCCCUCUAGUGGCUGUCUAGUAAACCUGUGCUAGAGCGUCGCUGGACAUCCUCACGCUGUGUGAGGACCUCCAGCGUCGCUCAAUUCCCCAUAGGAAAGUGGAGAUGUGGCAACCACAUCUCCACUGGGCACGGGAUGCCCUCCACUUCGGCCUGCGGAGCCACUGCCCGAAACACGUCCCAAUGCGAAUGAGAGAGAGCAUCGGCCAUUACAUUGAAAACCCCCAGUAUAUGUUCAGCCCUACAAGACACGUUAAGCCCCAAACAACGCAGGACCAAGCGCCGCAGCAAGUGUACCACUGGGGAGAAGAAGCAGUCAACUGAUUAAUAGCCUGCACCACCCCCAAAUUGUCGCAUCCAUCCUCCUGAGCUCCAGAAAGGCCAAGUUCCGCGUGAGCCCUACCACAUGCCAGUCCUCCGGCUAUGAGUCAGCACACCAUUUCGAGCCCAUGAUGGCCCCAAAACCCACCGAGCCAGCCGCAUCGGUAAACAGGUGGAGGUCAGCAUUCGAGACCUCGAGAGCCUGCCAGUAAGUUCUACCAUUGUAAGAGGCCAAGAAGGAAUCCCAGACAGCCAAAUCAUCAGGCAAGGGCAGUGUAAGCCAAAUAAAGUGCUGAGGGUGAGCGACCCCAGACGUCGCCGUCGCCAAAUGCCUGUUAAAGAUAUGCCCCAUGGACAAGAUCCGACAGGCAAAAUUCAGCUUCCCCAGAAGAGAUUGCAGGCAGUGUAGUUGGACCUUACGACACCCUAACGCCAGCAACACCACCUGUCGGAGGUGUUGAACCUUAGCCUGGGGCAAUCGACAUUCUCCGGCCACGGAAUCGAUCACGAUGCCCAGGAAGCUAAGGCACGUAACCGGACCCAUGGUUUUGUCAUGUGCCAACGGAACACCGAACCGCUGAAACGUGUGACUCUGCAGGCCCCACACACAAGAAGUCAUCCAGUUAGUGCAGGAGGGGGUUGACCCCGGCUUCCCUCAGCACCACCCACUCCAGGAAAGUGUUAAAGCAACCCAUAGGGAGGCACAUAUCCACAAAAAACUGACCGUCAAAGGUACAGCCCAGGAGAUGAUGACAAUCCGGGCGCACCGGAAGCAUCCAGAAAGCCGAUUCCACGUCUGCCUUUGACAGCAAUGCCCCCGGGCCCACAGCCCGCACCAUGUGAACUGCCACAUCGAAGGAUGCAUAGGAAACCCGGCAGAGUUUGGCUGAUAUGUCAUCAUUCACCGAACCCCCAGGAGGGUAUGACAAAUGGUGAAUCAAGCGAUAUUUUCCACGUUCCUUCAUAGGCACCAAGCCCAAAGGGGAUACCUGCAGAUAAGAUAUAGGGGGAAUAGAAAUUUUCCCAUGCUGUGUCAAAUGACUCAUAACACUCUGAUUGGAUGGCUUGAAAUCCAACCAAUCAGCGUGCUCUGCGCCAUUUUACACAGCGUGGGAAAAUUCCAAAGAACUUUACCACGCUGUGUAAAAUUACUAGAACUCUGAUUGGUUGAAUUCCAAGUCAACCAAUCAGAAUGUUCUGAGCCUAAUUGCAGGACGGGGCCAGGCUUUAUAAGCCUUUCCCUGCCCUGCAAAGCUCAGUCUGUGCCGCGCCUUCGCCAGGUGAAGAUGGAUUAAUUUUUAGCUUCUGUUUUUUUCUUUUUCGUCUGAUUAUUUUUUGCACUCGGGUUUAUUAUUUUAUUUUUUACAAGUUCGAUGGAUAUUGUGGUUUUUAUUUGGCCUUUUUUGGGGCUGCAAAAAUUAAGCUUUUAGAAAAAUGAAGACAUCACAUGGUAAGUUUUAUUUUUUUUACAGGUAGUUAGUUCUUUUAUUCCCCCCUCACUAUUUUUAGGGUGAGGGGGGUAGGUAGGGGAUUAAUUUUUAUUUGGGUGGGGGGGUGACUAGGGGCUUAGGGACCCCUAGUCACCUUGGAAAGGGGGGGGGCAUUUUAACUUAGGGCCCCCAUCCGCCGCUCAUGUGUGUGGGCCUGGGGGGAGGACAAUAGCUCCCCCCACCAUAUUGUUAUUUAUGGCCCCCACCGACAACUCAGGGGUUGUUGCUGGGGGGGAGGACAAUAGGUCUCCCCGCCUCAUUUUCCUUUAUGGCCCCCACCCACCGCUCAGGAGUGGGGGCUGGGGGGGAGGACAAUAGUACUAGGGUUUUUUUGUGUAUUUUUUUUUUUUAACAAACUGCCAAAUGUAACACAUCUUAUGGUUAUUAGACGCAACCCCCUGCCUCUCCAUCAACCUCUGCCACCAGUAUGACAGGUGUGCUCGAAGUGUGUUAGUAGGUUAUUAUAGAAAAAAAAAGAAGAUAAUAGGCGCUCGCUAUAGUGAACAGGCAGCAGUAUAUACACAAGGAUUCCCAAACCUUGUAAGUGAAUAGUGGAAAAAAGAAAAACGUAUACCGCGCCUAAUUUAUAUAUGUGAAAUAUACAUACAUAUAUCUUGAAUAUUCCAAACGGAUCGUAACCUCAAAGAGAACAGAUUAAGAAACAAAUGAUAGUGCAAUACAGUAAAUAUAUUCUUUAGAGCAGAUAGUAUAAGGCUAAGUUCAAUCCACUCACAUAUGGAUGAGCUAUAACAGAGCUCUGCUGUAAGAACGCCUGGACGGUACAAUCCCCGUCUUUGGAUUUGUAGAAGUUUCCACGAAUAUUUCCACAAUGCAGUGAGCGUAGUAAAUAUGAAAGGAAAAAAUAGCAGCAAUAUGGUGAAGUAAGUACUAGUGGUAUGACCAAUAUUAAAUAGUAUUGUACUUACAAUUUCUAGAGCAUAUAUCCUGCUCUAGUAUAAACAGCAUGGGUGGUAUAAUCCCCACCAAGGAUAUACAGGAUCCAGGAAGUAAAAUAAAAGAUUGGAGUGGAUAUAAAAGUAACUUUAAAAAGUAUACUUUAAUAUAAACAAGCUAAAUAGAAAUAAAAUAUUAUAAAACAUAAAAUGUAGUCCCACUUAAGUGGGACUACAUUUUAUGUUUUAUAAUAUUUUAUUUCUAUUUAGCUUCUAUUUAGUUUGGAAUAUUCAAGAUAUAUGUAUGUAUAUUUCACAUAUAUAAAUUAGGCACAGUAUACGUUUUUCUUUUUUAGUAGGUUAUUAGUUGGGAAACACAGGUUUGACUUUGUAUGAUUUGGUUAGAAGACCACCUUGGUUUCUAUAAACAGAAAGCUACAUACUCUGCUUUGGUAUUCAUCUAAUACCAGUUCCAACUAUGGAUCUAGUAGUUUGUAAUAAUUUUUAUAUUUACUGCCUUUGCACUUUUUAGAAUGAAUACCGUAUGUACAACAAUAUGUUAUGCUGUAACCUGUGAAAAAUAAAGAAAUUAUAAAAAAAAUAAAUAGGAAAACCCUAUAUUGGACCCUGUAACUUUCCAAAACUCCAUAAAACCUUCACAGGGUGGUACUGUUUUACUCGUAAGGCAUUGCUAAACACAAAUAUGAGUGUUUUAGAGCAGUAAAACUUAUAAUGAUAUUGAUAUCGUCAGUGAAAGGGCAUGUUUUGUAAAAGAUGGAAAAACUAAUAUCAACGCUAAUUUUUGCCAGGGUUUGUGACUAAGUGGCUCCUGAAAACGACUGGACAUACAUUUCUGCGUGUGCUCUGACUUUAAGAGCUUUUGUGUGUUUUGGGUGAGAAAAGAUUGAUGGGCACUGCUUUAAAAUACAGUUGUGUGUGUAUAUAUAUAUUACUACAUAUUUAUUAUUACUAAAUAUAUAUACUAAAUAGUGAUUUUAAAACCAUUACCAAUGGAGUGUUACAUUAAAGUAUGUUUGCUAUUUAACAAAACAUAAAACUAUGGCAAAUAAAAUAUAAUUAGUGUGUUUUUGUUUGUGACUGUGAACUUAUGUGCUGUCUGGUCUGGCUAAGUUCAAUUAGCUCAGUGAGCUGCCACUUCCUCUGCAUCAGUAGAUAGUCAAUACAUUGUUAAACACAAUUCUGCACCGUAGUCACGUGCUUUUCCCACAGAAAUUUCACAUUUGCAUCAAUGUUACCACCGCAAGGGAUUCUGGGUGUGCAUAUACGAAUGGCUUUAACAAAGAUUCACCUUUUUUCCUCGUUAUUCCAUCUUAAACAUGGAUUCCUUGGAGUUUGUUUGCUGUGUACAAGAGCUUUGAAACACAAUUUAGGAAGAGAUACAAAGCCAGUGAACCACUCAUUUUUUUUUUUUUUUAUACGAUAUAUAAAUCUAAAGAAAACCUAAAGAAAACUUAAAUUUGAUGUUUAUUUGUGUUUCUGACACACAGAAGAAUUCUAAUAUAUCUGUAUAGUAACAUCACAGGGAUCCAGCCAACAAGAAAAAGAAAGAAAAGACAUGUAUAUUAUAAGAAGGAUUUUUUGCUACAACUCAAAUGAGCAAAUGCCAGCUGUUUCCAUGUAUAUAAUCCAAAGUUUAAUGUGUGGUAAUUAGCAGCUUCUGAAAGUUUUAAUGACUCCUUUCACCAACAGUGCAAAUUUAAUUAUACACAAUUUUAAAAUAUAUUCUUAUGUAAGCAAUUAUCAAUUUUAUAUUUUUUAGAGUGAAAUUUAUUCGGCUAAAUGGCACCACUCUUCUGAAUAGUACACAGUGGUCUGCAGUGAUUAGUCUGAUGACAGGUAAUCAAUAAUUUGAAAUGUUAUUUAGAAAGUGUUUUAUAAUGCUGGAAUUUUUAUGGUUAACUACUAAUGCACAGAAGAAUUGGUCAUACAAAUAUUGCUCAUUAAUGGUUAUGAUUGAUUAAGGGCCAAUGACGGAAUAACUCAGUCAUCUAGCCUUUACAAGUUUAUAUACACUGAGCAAAAUUAUAAACGCAACACUUUUGUUUUUGCACCCAUUUUUCAUGAGCUGAACUUAAAGAUCUAAGACUUUUUCCAUGUACACAAAAGGCCUAUUUCUCUUAAAUAUUGUUCACAAAUCUGUCUAAAGUUAUGUUAGUGAGCACUUCUCCUUUGCCGAGAUAAUCCAUCCACCUCACAGGUGUGGCAUAUCAAGAUGCUGAUUAGACAGCAUGAUUAUUGCAAAGGUGUGCCUUAGGCUGGCCACAAUAAAAGGCCAGUCUAAAAUGUGCAGUUUUACUGUAUUGGGGGGUCCGGGAUGAUCCGAAAAACCAGUCAGUAUCUGGUGUGACCAACAUUUGCCUCACGCAGUCUAACACAUCUCCUUCACAUGAUUGAUCAGGUUGUUGAUUGUGGCCUGUGGAAUGUUGGUCCACUUCUCUUCAAUGGCUGUGCGAAGUUGCUGGAUAUUGGCAGGACCUGGAACACCCUGUUGUAUACACUGAUCCAGAGCAUCCCAGAGCAUCCCAAACAUGCUCAAUGGGUGACAUGUCUAGUGAGUAUGCUGGCCAAGAACUGGGAUGUUUUUAACUUCCAGGAAUUGUGUACAGAUCCGUGCAGCAUGGGGCCGUGCAUUAUCAUGCUGCAACAUGAGGUGAUGGUCGUGGAUGAAUGGCACAACAAUGGGCCUCAGGAUCUCCUCACGUUUCUGACUGUUUGUGCAGAAAUUCUCUGGUUAUGCAAACCGAUUGUUGCAGCAGUUGGCUGGGUGGCUGGUCUCAGACGAUCUUUGAGGUGAAGAUGCUGGAUGUGGAGGUCCUGGGUUGGUGUGGUUACACAUGGUCUGCGGUUGUGAGGCUGGUUGGAUGUACUGCCAAAUUCUCUGAAACUCCUUUGGAGACGGCUUAUGGUAGAGAAAUUAACAUUCAAUUCAUGGGCAACAGAUCUGGUGGACAUUCGUGCAGUCAGCAUGCCAAUUGCACGCUCCCUCAAAACUUGCGAUAUCUGUGGUAUUGUGCAGUGUCAUAAAACUGCACAUUUUAGAGUGGCCUUUUAUUGUGGCCAGCCUAAGGCACACCUUUGCAAUAAUCAUGCUGUUUAACCAUCAUCUAGAUAUGCCACACCUGUGAGGUGGAUGGAUUAUCUCGGCAAAGGAGAAGUGCUCACUAACACAGAUCUACACAGAUUUCUGAACAAUAUUUGAGAGAAAUAAGCCUUUUGUGUGCAUAGAAAAAGACUUAGAUCUUUGAGUUCAGCUAAUGAAAAAUGGGGGCAAAAACAAAAGUGUAAUUUUGUUUAGUGCAAUAAAGGAACGUUCCACUUAUUUAACAAAAAUAGGAUUUUAUAGAUAAUCAGAUCAGGCAAGCUUCUUCCAUUGCUCCAUGGUCCAAUUCUUCACCCAAUCAUGCAGACAAACACACGCUGACUCAAGUAGACACACACUGACCAUGCAAACUGACACACACGCACUAACCCAUGUAGACUGCCGCACACAGCCUCAUAUACAUACAUUGAUCCAUGCAGACACACUGACCCAUGCACACACAUAUAGACAAACUGACCCAUGCAGGCACACACACAUACCCAUGCAGACACAGACACUAACCCUUACAGAACACACACAAUGACCCAUACAGACACACACAAUGACCCAUACAGACACACACUGACCCAGACAGACUGACAUACAUAAACAUACUGACUGAAGCAGACUGACACACAUUCUCUGACAUACCUUACCUUCAUUGGAGUUCAUUGCCUGCGCCUGGCUGCCCAUCACGUCCUUUCUCUGCACAUUUUCUCUUAUGCUCCCGCCCACUUCUCCCCACGUACAGGGGAAGGCGCGGGAGCGAGAAAUUGAAGUGCCCGCGCGCUGCCGCAAUGCAUGUCUGGGAGGGGGGGCCUGGCUGAGUGGGCUGUGGUGGAUGCCGCCGGACCUGUUUUCUACCACGCGCUAGUGAGCAACAUUGUAAGUGCUUCCGAGCACCCGGUAAAAUUGACUACAACCCUCUGCCUUACCCAUUCAACAAUAUUGGAAAACUUAAAUAUUGCAGUUUAUUGAUAAGCCUUCUAUGUGCAACAGUGUCAAAAGCCUUACUGAAAUCUAGGUAAGCAAUGUCUACUGCACUACCCUAAUCUACUAUUUUAGUUAAACAAUCAAAAAAAUCUAUAAGAUUAAUUUGGCAUGAUCUCCCUGAAGUAAACCCAUGUUGUCUCUGAUCUUGAAAUCCAUGUGUUUUUAGAUGUUCAACAAUCCUAUCCUUUAACAUGGUUUCCAUUACUUUCCCCACUACUGAAGUAAGGCUUACUGGCCUAUAGUUGCCCGACUCCUCCCUACUACCUUUCUUGUGAAUGGGCACAACUUCCAAUCUUCUGGGACUACUCCUGUUAACUUCCCCCUUCAUUGUCAUUUUAGCUAUUUCCUCAACUAGUAGAUUAUCUAACUCUUCUAUUUGUCCUGGGGCCCUAUAAAUCACACCUACACGAGUUACUGUGUGAUUACCAAAUUGUAAUGUAACCCAAACGGACUCUAUGUUCGCCUCACUAAUUUUUAUUAGGCUAGAUUUUAUGCUAUCCUUGAUAUUUGUCCCUCUUCUCAUUAUUAGGGAUGUGCAUGGGAAACAUAUUCGGCUCGGCAUUCCGAAAUGCAGGACUUCGGUACUUUGGUUCGGCACUUCGGUAGAGUGUAGGGUUAGGGUUAGAGGUAGGGUUAAGAGUAGGGGUAGGGUAGAGGUAGGGAUAGGGUUAGAGGUAGGGUAGGGUUAGGAGUACAGUUAGGAUUAUGGUAGGGUUAGGAAUAGGGUUACCCUACCCCUAACCCUACUCCAACCACUAACCCUACCCCUUCCCCAACCACUAACCCUACCCCAACUCUUAACCCUACCUUUAACCCUACCUCUACCCCAGCCACUAACCCUACCCUAACCCUACCCAACCCCUAAUCCUACCUCAACCCCUAACCCCAACUCUUCCCCAACCCCUAACCCGACCUCAACCCCUAACCCCAACCCUCUCCUGUUUUGCCACUUUUCAGAAAUCCGAAGCACUUCGGCACUUCCGAAAUUCAGCAAUUCGGACAUUCGGAAGCAUCCUAAUGUCCAAAAUUCGGCCGAAUUUGCAUUCGGAACCAAACGAAUUGCACACCUACUCAUUAUCCUUCUUCCUGUUGUUAUAGUCACUGGGUAUUGCCACAUCAACCACAACAGCAGUCUUCCGUUCCUUGUCAACCACCACAAUGUAAUGUUGGUUGGCCAGUACUUGUCUGUCUGUAUCUGGAACCCCCACAGGAUCUUAGCCCUGUCAUCCUCAACUACCCUUUAUAGUAUCUCCUAUGUGGACUUAGGCAGGUCCAGCCCAUAUUCUGCGCAAAUGUUUCAGUACACAAUCCCAGCAGCUUGGUUUCGACUUGCAGUGCAUGCUGUUCCUGCUAACAUCUUGCAACCAGUUACUAUGUGCUGGGUUGUCUCAAAGGUCUAUUUGCACAGUCUGAACCUUUGGUUUUGCCUGGUGUGGUAAACUUCUGCUUCUACUGAUCUAGUGCUGAGUGCCUGUUCCUCUGCUGCUAGGAUUAGUGACUCAUUGCUGUCUUUCACUCUAGCCUUUUUAAACCUCUGGUAGGAAUUCAUAAUGUGUGCCACAUGUGCUAUCUACCAUGGAGAAGUAUGUUUUGCCAGAAGUAUGUUUUGCCUCAUUUUCUGCAUCCUCUAGUAUGUUUUGCCAGAAGUAUGUUUUGCCUCAUUUUCUGCAUCCUCUAUCUCAGUGGUCCCCAAGAGAUAGAUCCACCGAUGUUUUAAAACUACAGCUUCCAUUGGGCUUUGUCAUUCUAAAGGUGGAAAUUGUGAGUAGAUCCCAGUGAACCUGAAUGACUGAAUUGUCUAAAUGACAAUAAAGAGGUAGGGAGUGCUGAGAGUGGUGCAGUUUAACUAAAAUCAAGAAUAUGCAAAAGAUUCAAAAGGUACAUUUACAGGGGAAAGUUUGCUGGAACAUAGCCAAUGUAAUAAACUGUAGUGGUCAUGAUGCUUGGAAUGUUCCAUAUUCAAAGUGGUUGACUUGCAAAAAAAAUCAAUUUAAAAAAUGCAUUACUGUGAAAGAAAAACGGAGAACAUGAGAUCUCAGUAGCUUGCUCUUCAGUUAGUUCCUGCUCAGGUCUCAAAAAUGUUUUGUCUCACUAUACCAUUUGCACAUCAGACUGAUCCCAUCAAUAAGGGCAGUUCAUGACCAAAAUGCUAGCAAGUCCUUUCUACACAAGAGAUACAGCAACCCCGGACAAGCGUGUCGCCCUUCUUUGGGCCUCGUCAGGGAGGUGUAGUUGAUACCCCUCUAGGCACAUUGAACACAGGAUCCACUUCUGGAUUAUCCUUUUAAUUUAGGGAUAGCCUACGCAACUGCAUUGCAACAAAAACAUAGACUAUGAGAACUCUGGAAACAGCAACACGCUUAGAGAAUUAGAUAUUACUAUAAAGUAACAAUCUUUAGAAUAGCUAUAAAAAGGGCAAGAAAUUGAAAGAUGUUAUCUGUGACAAAAAGAUAUGACUACUAAAUUAUAAGAUAAUAUCAUAUUACAGGUAUGCAGACCUGCCUUAAUUGUUGCAGGUUUUUCCAAUUUUUGUGUUACUUUUAUUUGUAUCUUGACAUUUUUUUUAUCAAAAGCUUUUUAAGCACACUUACAACAUAUAAUUUGCACUAUUUCAAAAUGUUUAUAAUGGUGGCUUUAAUACAUGCCUGUAUAAAUAUACAUCUUAGUAUAUAUUUUCAUUAGAAAGAAACACAAAUACUUCUGACAAAAGUCACAAUGAGGCUUAUUUGUAGAGAGCAAGUUCCAAAGUGGAGAAAUCACCACAGGAACCAGUCUAAUGGUGCUGCUUCAUUUUAUAAAACUUUGCACAGAAUUAUUCUUUAGAUAAACACCUCUAUAUUAUGGUUUUAAAUUUUGUUAGCAAGAAACAGAGCUACGAUUGACACCUGGCCCGGGAGAAGAAGUGGAGGCAUGAUUGUCAUUACAACUAUACUUUCAAUUUGUAUUGCCGUUUUCCUUGCCGGUUUGAUUGCCACUUUCAUUGUGGGAAGGUAAGCUAGAAGUUCUUGACCUUUAAUGACAUAUGUUUUAGCAUAACCUUUUUAAUUACACACUAAAGUAAAAUUAGAUUUAUCCCAUUCAACAAACAUUUGCUUCUCCACUUCUAUGAGCAUUCCAGUAAGCAGGGGGUUACACAGAGCACCCCAUGUUGCCAGACAGGCAUCUGCCUACCGGCCUAACGGCUCUACAGAUCCCAUUUAGCAGACUGCUGAGUGGCGGCAAGUUAGCUGCUGUAAUCAGUCUGCGCACUGGCAGCACAGCUCCCCUGCUGUCUUCUUACUAAUGCCAGGAUGUAAUAUCACCUCAACUCCAAUAUAAGUACCAAGCUGCAGGGAGCUGGGCAAUCAGUGCACAGACUGAUCCUAGCAGAACACUAGGCAACAGGGAUAACAGUCUCAAAAAAAAAUAAAAAAUAAAAUAGUGUAUGAGAGUAUAUGAAUGAAAGUAUACUGCAUGUGUGUACGUGUAUAUGAAUAAGAGUGGGUGUGAAUAUACAUGUAUAUGUGUAUAUCAGUUUGAGUAUGUGUAUAUGAAAAUGAACAUGUGUCUGUAUCAAUGUUUGUUUUAAUAUGAAUGUGAGUGUGUGCGAGUAUGUGUGUAUAUCAAUGUGAGUGGGUGUGUUUAUAAUUUACCUAACAAAAAGGUGUUAGGGGCAUUGUAGAUACACAACAAAAGAAACAUUUAUUUUAAACACGGCUAUUCUGCCCAGCCAAGAUAGUUCGAAUAAUUUACCCCAUCUAUGGAGUUCAGCUCUGAGUUCUGGACACUUUUUCUCAAUGUUUAGUUGCACCUUAUUGUUUAUAUUUUUUGAUAAAUUUAUACCUGAGAAAGAUAUAUAUAUUGAUCUCUCCAGUCGUAAUCCUAUCGUAGUGAUGUAAUUGUAUUGUAUUGUCAUUAUUGUAUAAUUCAAAUGUUUUUUUAUGUAAACAGAUAUAUAUUUAAAAAAAAACAAAAAACAUUUCUACAGUUAAAUAGUAUUAAUCGCCAAUUUGAAUAGCCCCUUUUUAAUAAUAUGGAGCCCUGUACUAUGUAACAUUGAAGCUGCCAUGGGGACAUUGGGAGAGUGCUUUUUUUUUUAAUCAUAGCUGCACCCAUAGGGCUGUUCCGUUCUUGGCCUGCAUGUCUCCCUUGUAUCUGAUGUUGCCUGGGAGACAGGCUGUGGUCUGCCCCUGGCAGUCAUAUGAUCACACACCUGUAUGGGCCUGGUAGUAGUGAGCUGUUUGCAGAGAGAAGGAGUGGGGGAAAGUUGUGACAGUCCCAAAAUAAGGCCCUACCUACCCCUUCACAUUAAUAGUAGUGAUGAGGGGCAAAUAAUCAAAAAAACAAACAACAAAACCCUGUAAAAAAAAAAAAUAAUACUUGCCAUUUAAGGUCGAUGGAAAAUCAUUUUUUUCUGAUCUCUUUUCUUUGGCACUAAAAUACUCCAUGUAAAACAAAAAUAAUAAAUUAUCAAGAUACUAUGCAAAAACCAGCUGAAAACAUAAAAAAAAGCCUUAACAGAAAACAUUCAUGUGAGCUUAUGAACAGCUCAGCACAAAUGAGCAUUCAAGAUGGGAAAAGCCUGUAUAAAGGUCUUGUCAUAGAAGAAAAGUGGAGGUACAGCAUGCUGGCAACGAGCGUCCAACAGCAGCAGGCCCAACCCCUGUUCCCCCAUUUCCAAUCCUUACCCUAACCUCCCUGACAUCCCUCACCUUCUAGCGAGAGGGAAGUGAUGUCAGUGAAGUUGGAUCUUGAUGAUGGGACAACUUGGUCUCUAUGCUGGAAUGAAGGUAAUAACCUUUUUUUUAAUUUUUGAUUUUUUUAUUUGUGGGGGGCAACCAACAUAGGAAGGGUUACUCUAAGCAAAAAUAGUGUUUUAUGAAAUGCACAGUUUUUUUCAUUGCAGUAACCUUUUAAGCUUGACAUUGCAAUAUUUACAAUUAAAACAAUAGUUAGUCCUGAUUUUAAGUCCAAAAUGUUUCAUGACUGUGGCAGCAUUACUGGAAAUAAAAUGGUCCAUGAAUUUUGGAAUUUUAAAAAACUGUGUCCUGAUUCUGGAUGAAAGUCAUAAUGUUAUCAGUUGGUCACGGGACCAAUGAGUCUGAAAUAUCUCAAAGGUUUAUUUUCACUACUGUAUAAAAUGUUCAGUGCCCUAUGGAAAUACAUUAUAAUGGCAAUGUAUAGGAUUUCCAAUGGUAUUUUUACAUUUAAUAUAUUUAUCUUUUAUUUAUUUUUUUUUUAUCAGUAAGGGACAUCUAACACAUAAGACGGUUGAAAAGAUCGAAGUUCCAUUGUCAGAAGAAAUUAAAUUCAAUGAUUACCAAGGACAUUCGGCAGAUUAUGAAACAAAUAUUCCUAAAAUAUAGGACAUCCUUUUAACCAAGCAGCCUUCAUGUUCUAUGGCUUGGAAAUAAACAGUUUUUAUAUUAUAUAUAUUUUUUCACCUUAAAUAAAUUGCCCCAAAAUACCAUGGAUUAUGUGAAGAAGAAAAAAAAGCAUAACCUUACACCCCAAAGUUUAAUAUUUUCUGUUGAUUUGUCUUUACUUUCAUACUUUGGAUCAGUAGAAUUACCCCUAAUAUGUUAAUAUGCAACUCUAGUUUGGUGGGGGGCAGCCAUAUGUCUUAGUAAUGCAAAGUUCUACAUGACAAAUGUACUUUCCAAAAUGUCUCAAUAAAUGCAUGCAGGGUAAUGUCCUGUAGGGGACACCUUGACUUAUGCACUUAUAAUGUGCCUUUUUGGAGCUAAAAUUAACAUUAUAGUGUCAUCAGUCUAAAUGAGCUGUUUAGCUCCCCAGCCCCCUGUUUAAAAAGGUGGUUUACUCACCUUUUUUUCCAACACAGUGCAGUUUUCCUCAUGGCAGCCCCACCACUUUGGCUGAGAUCAUCAAACUUGCCAUAGGAAAGCAUUAGGUAGUUAUUGUACAUGCGCAGCAAAAUGCUGUGCUGCAUCAAUCUGCAUCUCCUCAUAGAGAUGCCACUAGAGGUGCAGCACUGACCCAGGAAGCACCUCUAGUGGCUGUUUGAGUGACUGCCACCAGCUGUGUUAUUAGGCAGAGAAAAGGCAGUGUUUAUAUUAAAAGGCCUGCAUGGACAGGCAUUAGACACAGACCAACUGCAUUAAGCUGUAGUUGUUCUGGGGACUAUAAUGUAUUUACAUGGCUGUUGGGGAGAUAAGUAACAAAGCGCCUUGGCUAGUGUCCCCGAUAGUUUAGUCUGCCUUCUAUAUUUGAUAGCAGAGCUGCAGGAACAGUUAUAUUAGGUGUGAAACUCAAUCUGUCCAACCUCCUCUAGGGUAUCUACCUUCCCAUCUGCCCGCUAUCAUGUCUCACCCAGAAAAUGCUUUGGAGGAAGAGCAGGAGCAGCAAUGAGUGAUGCACACUGUAUAACAGUGUAGCUCUAUUGCCAAUCAUAGGAGCCUACACAAAACAUAGGAGGGGGAUUACUUUGCAAAUAACCCUUCAAACUCCACAUACCCUAAACAUUCAUUUUUCCUAACGCUAAAUUCACCACCACCACCUCCUCACCACCAAAAAAACCAGACCAUUGUCUUUGUCUUUAAUUUAAGCACUCAAAGUCUACACCUUUAAAAAAUAUGUUUACAUUUAUCCUAGAUUGAACUCCACUUAAAGCGGUACUGUCAUGCCGAACUUACCUUUCCUCAAUCUCUUCCUCUUCUCCCCCUCUCUCGGGAUCUGUUAUUCUUUUCUUCCUGUCUUCUUUAGUUUUAUUUAAAAUCAUAAGACAAAGUAGGGACUCUUUGCCUUAUGGAGGAUUCCUCCGCUUGACCAGCUCUGACCAGCGGAGGAGCAAAGUGUGCUUCAUUUCCACUGGUCAGAGCAAUUUUCCCAUGAUCCCUAGCUUUCCUCAGUGUUCCCACAAUGCUUCCUGUCACUUUACACAAAACUGCCGAAUUGCGUUCUAACUGAAUGAGAACAGUCUGUUCGUUUCUUUUAGAACGCAAUUCGGCACUUUAUUCGGAUCAGAAUUUCAUUCGAAUGAAUGAAACUCCGAUCCUAUUCAUUGCUGUGGCUGCAUCUUGCAGCCGCUUAGUAGAUAACUCCCUAAUUCCCACGGUAUCAGGGAGUUAUCUACUAAAAGGCUGAAAGACCUAAAUUGGUCUUUCAGCCAACUUUACUAAUACUAAGUAAAAAUUACUUAGUAUUAGUAAGUAAUAUGCCCCUACUUGCUAUACUGCGAGUAGGGGCAUGUCUGGUAAGCAGUGAGCAGCCUGUGGCUUCUCACUGUAAAAAAAACCAAAAAACUAUUGGCCCCCACCCCUAAACGACGGGUGGGGGCCCUAAAGUAAAAUAAGGGGGGAGACCAAAUGACCUACUGCCCCCCCCGGCCCCCACCCCUGGGCGGCGGGUGGGGGCCAUAGUGAGAAUGAGGGGGGGACCUACUGCCGGCCCCCACCCCUGGGAGGCGGGUGGGGGCAAUAAUGAGGGGGGGUUAGUUAUUUUAUCCCCCCUCACUAUUUUUUAGGGUGAGGGGGGUAGGUAGGGACUUUUUUUUUUG